UGUGCCACAAUGGAGCCUCAACUCCUCGUUGAUCAAGGUCUCGCUGCAAGCGUCGCUCAGCGCGUGUCGGAAAUCUUUGCUUCUGGGCUUCUUUCCCCCGAAGAACUUGACGACAGAGCGUUCGAAGCUCUACGUGAAUUCAAUGAGCAGGGUGCUUUGGAAGUACUAGAUCAGUUUGCAAAUAGUGAUCUGUCUCAUGUGCAAAACAAGAGCGCUUUUCUCUGCGGUGUAAUGAAAACUUACGUGACAAAAUCUUCCACCGGUGGCGACACCACAGCAACGAAUACAGCUUCGAAUGCGGAGGAAGCGAAGAUCAAAGCGCUCCUAGAAAGAACUGGCUACACGUUAGAUAUCACCGCGGGACAGAGAAAAUACGGAGGUCCACCACCUGGCUGGGAAGGACCUGCACCGGGAACAGGAGGCAGUGAGGUAAGAACAUUCUAUCUAUAAGCUUUUGUUCUUAAGAGUUGUAUCCAAGAUUAACCUUUAAUACUAUAAUUUCUGUAUUUCUGCAGCAUGAUUUAAGCUUAAGCCCUAACUCACGGUUUUCUAGACGUAAUGCCAAACUGUCACGCAUGCAGGUAUUGGCCAGGUUUAAGAUCUGUAUUUAAACAGGACCAAACGCCGUCACAUACUGUGUUGCAGACAGCAUUCGUUGUCUUCGUAGCGCCAUCACUAAAAUAGCAAAGCUCCUAUUUUGUCGUGUGUUUUUGGUGGAUAGAACCUAACAGCAUUAAAAACCCCAACUGGCAGGAGGAAACCAGUUGGUUAUUUUCAAGCGUGGCCAAGGAUAUGAACUCUUGGUGACAAGGAAACAAAUCAAGAUUUUGGUCAGAGUGGGGACUCAAAAUGGGUAUACCGGUUGGGAGCCCUGCACACUGAUCACUUUUCAAAGCUGCUGUUCGUGUAUUCUGCGGACCAUGGCCUAUUUUACCACACAAAAUACUGAAGGAACUCUGUACGAACCAAAUAAUGCAUUUUUAUUGCUGUUUUGAGGGUCUCUUUCUUUUAAAAGUGAACUAAAAAACUAUCCUCUCAGUAGACCAUCACCAGCAGUUUCAUUAGAAGCUAGUACCCAUUGUGCAAAAAAAGUAGUGCCUGAUGGCCCAGGACUAGUGAAGUUUGUUGUCGAGGUAGUAAAUUCUGCUCUUAGUGUCUUGGGGAAUUCAAAAUACAGAAGAUCUGUAAUCAAUCCUGCUCAGCAAUUUUUUUUUUCUGGCUAGUUAAAAUGACUUUUGGGCUAGUACAUGCUACCUACAACUUUCCUGUAUGGAAAGCUGUAAACUGACUUUCCUUGAACCCUGGUGUACUCUGAGCAUAGUAUCCACAAUAAUUGGUGACAAAGUUGUCGAGACAUUGUCCUCUAAUGGGGUAACUUUGAAGAAAACACAAUCUACACACCUCCCCUCCAUUCAAAGUUUGGGUGUUUGUUGUUUUCUGCAGUUAGCUCGAACAGUGGCACAUGAUUGCCUGAAGGGGGUGUGGAGGGAAAGCUUUAUUUUGCCCUUUGUCAGUUGGCAAAACGUCAGAGAGGCCCCCUAGGGCAAAGUGUCUCAACUAAUUUUGUUGCUGAUUGUAGCUGUUCUAGUGGGCACAGGUGAAAAAUAAAGGGAGGGGAAGGGCAUUGGGGGGUUAGGUAGAGCACUCUUCUUGAUGCCCCCCCCCCCCCUUUUUUUUCCAUCACUAUAUUUUUCUCCUGUGCUCCACUACCUGUAAGUCUGGGACAGACUACACAGUAUUGGCUCCUUUCUACUUUAAAAUAAUUUUGGAAAACCUGUGGUGUUAGUAAUAAUAAUAAUGAUAAUAAUGAUAAUAAUGAUAAUAACAGUUCUAAUUAUGCAUUUCAUGUGCGCCUCAAUCACAAUGUGUAUGUUUUACAUGGUUUGACACUCCAACCAGCUAUUUGUGAAAUAGAACUUGAGAAUUGUAGUACAAAAUAAAAUGAUAGUGUUGAAAGUUUGUCUAAAAACUGUUUCUAGUUAAUAGUAGGUCCUAACAUUUGUGUACUUAUAUGCAGCAUUUUUCUCACAUACAGAAAGGAUGUUGUCAGGUGUUUGUUGGAAAGAUUCCUCGUGAAUGUUUUGAAGAUGAGAUCAUUCCACUCCUGGAAGAAUGUGGUCAGAUUUACGACUUUCGUUUGAUGAUGGAUCCUGCUUCUGGAUUGAACAGGGGGUUUGGCUUCUGUACAUUUGCAACUAAAGCUCAAGCACAGAAUGCUGUCAAGAAACUUGAUAACAAGGAAAUACAACCAGGCAGAAAGCUCGGUGUUUGUAUCUCAGUGGCAAACAAUCGCCUCUUUGUUGGUUCAAUCCCAAAGAGCAAGACCAAGCAAGACAUAUUUGAUGAAUUUUCAAAAGUUACCUCAGAUCUUACUGAUGUGAUCGUGUACCUUUCAGCAGAGAAUAAAGGCAGAAACCGAGGAUUUGCCUUCUUGGAAUUCGAAAGCCAUAAAGCUGCUGCAUUAGCCAAACGCCGUCUUGAAAGUGGUAAGGUGUAUGUCUGGGGUUCACUUAUCGCGAAAGUUGAGUGGGCUGAUCCUCAGGAAGAGCCGGAUGAAGAGGUUAUGGCCAAGGUGGGUGUACAUUAAAAAAUGAUUCAAACUUUAAGGGGGGGGGGGGUGUAUUUAAUCUUGUGGAUUGUUCUGUUCAAUGGUUUUCAAUUCUAUUUGCUUACCUUAUUAUAGAAAAUUGACAUAAAGGGUUACUUGCAAUAUUUAGGCCUAUGUGGAUAACACCCUCCGAGAACUGCUUAAUGGUUCAUAUCCUACGAAAGCCUCAUUAAUUAAUUACUUUAUUAUUCAUUCAAAAUAAUUCCUAGUUUGAAAACAUAGCUAAAGCAUGCUUACCUGCAUCGAUGGUAAGUUCAUCUUCGAUAGUGUACAUUUAGGUUUGUCCAGCUCCGCAAAUAUUCUCCAAAUAGCAGAUGUCGCCCUCCGAGUUGUCUUCUUGCUGUUCUUGCCAUGUUUUUAGCUAUUAUUUCACCUAUUUCCAGCUGUAGUUCUUACUCUUGAAACGAGUGAAGUGUCUGCCUUUUUUUUCACAACCAAAACAACUCAACCUCGUCCCCAGGUGUUCUCGAUAAUGGUGCCUUAACCGGUAGCCGGCUGCAUUUUUGACGUCAUUUCCUCGUCAAACACAAAAUUCUUCCAAAUGUGGUCAUCAGUAACUGGUUAUGGUAAAUUAUGCCUGUGCUUUUAGCCAAUCGGAAUUGAGGAAAUGUUUUGAAUGAAUAAUAAUUGAAGUUAAUGCAACUUAAAUAAUAUUAACGGAAAUUGGAGGAUCAAUAAAUAUUACUUUCAAAUAAAAUAAAUUAUUAAUUUAUACAUGCAAAAUUCAAUAUAGAAAAUUAAAUUCACAGAAAAUUAAUUGCCAAAAGAUGGAAGAAACUAGCAUCAGUGAAGUAAUGGAUGGCUCAAAAUUUGAGCCAUCCAUUACUUCACUGAUUGUAGAUUUGCAGUUAUAACUACGUACUCAGUGUUCUCACCAGGAUUUUGCCUUGGGGAGUCCCAGGGCCCCCUCUUCUGAGAAAUAGGGGCCCUGUAAGAACAUUAGGGCGACAAAGUUACAAAAAACACGCGGUACGAAGAACCUGAGCUCGCACUCCAAAUUGUCUGUUACAUGAAGUACCUACCUGAUCCAAUAUGGCGGAAGAGGUGUUUAGGAUUCGGAGGAGGAGUUUACGAUGUAGUCAGUGGGACGUGCGUGGGACCAAUGAAAGUAAAGGCAACAAAAUUAAAGACUUUGACUCAUUUGAUAUCAUGUUUUUUAUUUAUUCAAACAAACAGAAUGCUUUAGUGUUAGGGUGACCAUUAAAACUACUUAAGUCCGUUUGACUCGUAGCUUGCCCCUGCGCCCUAACGGGCGCAUCUUCUUGGUUUUAAUGCGCCAUUUCAGUUUUUCUUGCGGGAAUCCCGCAAGGCCGCGGCCUGGUGAGAACACUGCGUACUGAGACAUUGUGUAUCCACGUUAUAAUAUGCUUAAAAGUAUUUUUUAAUACGCAUUUUGCCUGUUACAGUUUAUCGAGAAAUUUUAAAAAGUUCAGACUUUUUGUAAAAAUUUGAUGCCCUUUUUGAGUUAUUUGUGUAUUGAAAUUGCAAAAAAAUAUACCCAGCAAAAUACUGUCUCACAAAAAUUGUGAAAUUAACUACCCUUAAAAAUUUAUUACUAAAAAGGUAGAUGAAAAUUAAUGUGGUACCAUACAUUCAAAGUAAUAUUGUGGUCCCUGCAUGGAUGGCAAUACUUGAAUGCUCUGUAAAAGUAAAAUAAUGAUAUUCAUGAAAUUGCUCUUUAUAGCCUCUAAGUAAGCUUGUACUCGUUAAUCCUCUUUAUAGGUGAAGGUGGUUUAUGUGAGAAACAUCUCUCCAAACAUCACAGAAGAGAAAAUACAAGAGGAAUUCUGCCAGUUUGGAACAGUGGAUCGUGUUAAGAAGCUCAAGGAUUAUGCUUUUGUCCACUUCAGUGAACGAGAAAGCGCUAUGAAUGCCAUAGAGGCAAUGCACAACCACGUUUGGGAUGACAUUGCAAUUGAUGUGUCCCUUGCUAAGCCGCAGCCAGCUAACAAAGACAAACGUAGAGGGGGAGGAGCUGGAAUGGGUUCCCGUGGCAAUUUUUCUCGUGGUGGUGGGCCAAGGGGUCGAGGGCGUGGUCAAGGAGGCUACAGCCAAGGGUACCAAGGGUACCAAGGCUACGAUAAUAGCAGUGGUUAUGAUUCGUAUGGUGGUAAUAGUAGCUAUGAUGAUGGUAGCAAUUAUGAUAGUUACUAUGGUGGUGGCGGUGGAGGUGACUAUAGUUAUGGUGGAUAUAGUGAUGGAGGUUAUGGUGAUGGUGGAUACGGGGGAAGUGGCUAUGGGGGUGCCAGCAACUACUCCAGCCGUGGUGGUGGAAGAGGUGGGCCAAGGGGUGGGCCCAGGGGUGCUCCAAGAGGUGGUCCAAGGGGUGGAUCCAGAGGUGGCCCAAGAGGUGGACAAAGAGGUGGGCCAAGAGGGGCACCUAGAGGUGGUCGUGGUGGACCAAGAGGAGCGGCACGUGGCGGACGAGGUGGUGACUCUGGACGUGGUGCUGGAGGAAGAGGCGGACGAGGGGGACCUCCUAGGGGAAGAGGAGGUGGCUUUGGUCCACAGAAACGCAAGUUUGGUGGUGACAGCGGCGGUGGUUACCAAGAAGCGAAGAGGCCCUACAUGGAUUACAGCCAGCAGGAUUACGGGCAGCAGGAACAGCAGUGGGGCCAGGACUACAGCUAUGGUGACCAGGGAGAGCAGUGGUAUCAAGACUCGUAUUCACAGCAGCAGUGGUAUUGAUCAUGAUCCAGAUUGGCAGCCAUUCAACCAAAUCAACCACAAUUAUUGAUUGUUGUUUAUAAAUUGGUCCAUUUCAUUUUGUUCUGAGCCCAAUUUUAUGUGUUACCGAUUGGAUCCCAAGAAACUUAGUAGAAAAUGCCAAACAAGAAUGCACUAUUCUUUUUUAACCAAAAACUUCUUAAGACAAGUUGUCUGAACAACUUACAUUUGUUUCUAGUCAUAUUAUACUGAUUCAAGAAGUAAAUUGUGUAGUGUUGCUUAAAAUUAAAUUUUGUAGGUUUACACCAAACUAUAUUAGGAAAUUUCAUUUCUAUUCGGAUUCCAGUUUUAUAUUUUAAUUGGCUUUAUUUGUUUGAAAGUAUAAUCUUUGUGGCCAAAAAAAUAGCUUAGUUCAUUUGAAACCAUUACUCAAAGUUAAAUUUACAAGUUUACCUUUUUACCAGGUUCAAACGUAUUUAGUGGGUAAACUAAUUGCUUCCUUAUUGUCAUUAUCAAAAUAAAAUUGCUCUACAAAAAUAAUUAAGCUGGCAACCAAAGCUGGUUUU